AUGAACGGUCUCCAAAGUUCAGGUCUUAUAACUAUGGAUGAACUGGCAUGUAUUGAGUCGACAGAAGCCGGUCGCCUCAUGUCCAUGCACUAUCUAGACUUGGAGACUAUGAAGCUGAUAAUGAAGAUAGAGGGCGAUGCGUCGCUGGAUCGUCUUUUAUGGUUGGUAUGUGAGAGCCAUGAACUAUCAGAUAUGUAUCUCCGUAUAGAUGAAAGAAGAUGCCUCAAUACACUCAACAGGAAUAACACUUCAUCUACUAUUAGGGAUUCUGACCUCAUUAAUGUAUAUGACGGAUGUUUGAGCUUCGAAGUUAGCAGGAAACAUACAUGCAAACACAAAAUUACUGCACAUUGCGUCAGUUCCAGUUUUGUCGGGAUCGACACUCAAUGCGAAUAUUUCUUUGAAGAUAUCAAUCCAUUUAGCAAUACAAAUAUAACUCCUAACAACAUCCCAGAAAAGAUAAGUCCUAAAAUACAAAGUCACACAGAUAAGGAGGGUAACGAUCGCAAAAGAAAAAUCAAUAAUAAUAAAAAAUCAAUGCCACAUGUAGAAAAGAAGAAAAGACAGUCAAUACAAGACUUUCUAACAAAAAAAGAGCCUUUUGGAAGAAAUUCUAAAUGUUGGUUAGGGAAUUCAAACAUUAUGAUGGAAGAAAAGCAAAAGAUUCCAGAAAAAACAGAAUCACUUGAAGUUAAAUGUGAUAUCACUUCAAAUAACGAGAAGGCAGUUGAUAAUAAAUUUGCAUAUUCUAUUGAUGAAGACGAUUUCCUUGAAGACUUCGAUUACGAAGAAGUGGAUGAUGAAAAAAUAGACGAGUUGUUAAAUGAAAUAGAGAAUGAAGUUAAUCGUCCCUCGACAUCAACAUCGAGCCAUACAUAUAUACAGAAAACAAAACUAGACUAUAAUACUAACAGUUCAAAGACACAUAAAACUAACUAUUACAGAGAACUCAAUAAUAAAAGUAAUGUGAAAAAUAAUUUCACAUGCAUUGAUAGAAUCGAAAAAAAUAAUGAAAAUGAUAACGAUAGUAUAACAAAUAAAACAACUGGCUUCUCGGAAGAAAUAAAAAAUCACAUUCAACAAUACUUACGAGAAACUCAAAAUAAUGUAAAAGGCAUAGGAACAAAUUUAACUGAAUUAAACAUAAAUUUAAAUAUCGACAAACCGAAUGAUACACGUGAAAAAAACAACGAAGUGGAAGAUAAUGAUAUUUUUAGACCACAAAUUAUAGAUUUAACUGGGUCAGAAGCACAAAAAUAUAAUUGUCCAACAAAAAAUUACAACUCAGAAGAAAUCUUUAAUAACGAUUUUAGUUCCGAGGCUCUGUGUUCUAAAACUGUUCAAAACACAGGCGGUGAUAUAACAAACGAAGUAGCUGAGAUAUUUUUAGACCACAAUGAAAUAAAUUCGAUUGAAAUCGAAACUGACGAAGAAAUGUCGAACAAUAAAGAAAAAUCUCUAAAUGAAUUUCUUAGACUCAGCCAUCUUAACAAGAACCCUAAACAAGAUAUUAAUACUACUGACAUACAAUCCAUAACAAAGCCUCAAAACACUCUGCAAAGGCCUACACAAACUUCCAAUGUUCUCUGUAUUAGUAGUGACUCUGAAAUGGGACUGUACGAACAAGAUUCUGUAAAAAACCCUGAACCAAUUCCAGAAAAUUACUUAGAAAAACCAUUAAAUACUUAUAAAACACAACAAAAACCAUGCACAAGCUUGUAUCAGAAUUUCCAAUCUCCCUUAAAUCCCACUAAAUAUAAUUUGGACAAUAAUGAUCGAAAUAUGAAAAACGAAGGUUCAUUUAAAGAUAUAAGAAAAUAUUCAUACAAUGAAGUAAAAACUGUUAGUUUUCACAAAGAAAAUGUUACUAGAAUUUGUACUUUAAAUGUUGCUCUAGAUGUAACCGACAUAGUCCACACAAAACACGAACCAAUAAUUUCUGAAUAUAAUUUUGAUUCCAAAAACGAAACUAAUGAAAACUCCAGUAAAUAUAAGAAAGACACAAAUUUGCCGAUAGAUCUUAAAACUGAAAGUAAUAAAACUUUGAUUAAGAAUGAUAGUUCAUAUAAAUUUAAUAACAAACAUUAUAUAAGAGAGGUAAAAAACAUUGCUCUAGAAAAAGGCCAAAAAACUAAUCAGAUUAUUCAAGAAGAUAAUAAAAAACCUACAAUUAGAGACAUCUUAAUGAAGUAUAGUAAAAAUGAUCAAAAUAAAAGUUGUUCAAAGAAUAUUGAAACAGAAUCUCAGCUUGGACCAUACCAAAUAGAUCGUUCAGAAUUAAAACCAAAAAGAAAAUAUAGAAUAUCCGACUUAGACAAAAUAGAAGUUAAACUACCGGAAUCGUUGAUACCAAGUCAAAAUACAAGUACAAACCACACAUUAAGUUUCCCAACAAAAACUGAACCCAAUUUACAUUUUACAAACCUUGAGGAAAUACAAGAUGAAAUUAUAACUAAUAAAACAAAUGAUGAAUAUAACGACAGUUCAACUGAUACAAAUGAAGAUUGUAACAAACCCGACUUAGAAGAAACAGAUUUAAAUUUAGAAUGCGAAUCAACUAACGACUUGUUUAACUUAGACGAAGCUAUACUAGACCCUAAAACACUUCUACAGUCGAACUCAAGCAAUGAAGUUAUUAUUCCACCACCGGCUGAAUUCUGUGAUAAUUCACUUAACGUGUCUCCACAAACAAAUCUUCCUAGCAUCGAUUCUGGAUAUGAUCCACAAUAUUCAGCUUUAGACGAUACUAACGAAGUAUCUCCUACAAGCUGCGAUGAUGAAAUAAAAGAUAUAUUUACCUCUAAUUUCUCACAGUACAGUAAUUUUGCUGUAUACAAUCAGAGCUCUUCUGGUAUUUUCAAUCUAUUCGACAACAAUAGAAACGAUGUAAUAAAAUCUCGUUCCUAUAAAUUAUCACAAUUUAAAUUUAACCGCAAGAAGAUGUUUAAGAAGUAA